AGGGAGAUUGUGCAGGUUGCCGUGGCCAGGCGGAGUUGGAUGGGAUUCCCCCCCGCCUCCUUUGCCUCCUCCUCAUCUUUGAGCAUUUGAUCGUUCCCGAGCCGGACGCGGCUCCCUCGCAGGCUGCCUCCCUUCGCUCGCCUUUGUUUUCACUGUAUUAUUCUCUUGUGCAACAGGAGGGCGGGCAGGGGGAAGACGAGGCCAGCCUUCGUUUUUCCUCCUUUGCGUUUCAGCCGCGCGGAGAGGUCUGCUCCGUGGUCCCGGGCGCCGCCGCCUCCGCAUGCCCGAGCUGAGAGACAAAGAAGGAGCCGACCAAGUUGGUGCAGUUCCCCCAGGCAGCACUUUCCUUCCCGGCUCUCAGACAGCCCGGGCUCCUCUGCCCGCUGCCGUGCUGGAGAGCUGCCUCGCGGGCUGAGCCUGCCGAGUUUGCUCUCCACCGCCCCGACACAUCCUCCUUCCCUCGGCAAGCUCUGGACCAGCGCUGGACUCUGAUGGCACUGUCAAGAUGUUCAUGUCCAGAGUCCUGGAUUUCCAGAAGACCCGAUAUGCCAGGUUCAUGAACCACCGCGUCCCGUCCAACCGGCGGUACCAGCCGACGGAGUAUGAGCACGCGGCCAACUGCGCCACCCACGCAUUCUGGAUCCUGCCCAGCAUCCUCGGCAGCUCCAUCCUCUACGUCCUCUCCGACGACCACUGGGAAACCAUCUCGGCCUGGAUCUAUGGUUUCGGCUUGUCCAGCCUCUUCAUCGUCUCCACCAUCUUUCACACCAUCUCCUGGAAGAAGAGGCACCUCAGGACGGUGGAGCACUGCUUGCACAUGUUCGACAGGAUGGUGAUCUACUUCUUCAUAGCGGCCUCCUACGCGCCCUGGCUGAACCUGCGGGAGCUGGGCCCCUGGGCAUCCCACAUGCGCUGGAUCAUCUGGAUCAUGGCCUCGAUCGGGACCGUCUACGUUUUCUUCUUCCACGAACGGUACAAGCUGGUGGAGCUGGUGUGUUACGUUAUCAUGGGAUUCUUCCCUGCCUUGGUCAUUCUGUCCAUGCCCAACAGAGACGGCCUCCUGGAGCUGGUGGCUGGCGGGCUCUUCUACUGCCUGGGCAUGGUCUUCUUCAAAAGCGACGGCCGCAUCCCCUUCGCCCAUGCCAUCUGGCACCUCUUUGUGGCCAUCGGAGCUGGUAUCCACUACUAUGCCAUUUGGAGGUACCUCUACCGGCCUGACGCGCUGGAGGCCAAAACAUCCCGAUAGACACCUUAAAGACAUUGUUGACACCAGCCGGCAUGUUGGGGGACCGAGGGGGAGCAGGGAGCAGGAGCUCGGACCACGGACUUGCCACAGAGCCACCCCCAUUACCUGCUCUCCCUGCAGGCAGCGACAUUCUGGCACCCUUCCUGCACAGAGAGAAGAGCCUGAAGAUUGAUUUUGAACAGGUUUCUUUUUUAAUCUUGAGAACUGUCUAUUUUUGUAGGCAAAGGUUUUGUAACAUGGUCACCAGCCAAGGGGCUGUGGGGCCACCUGCCAGGGUCUCAGGGAGGUUUGCCCCAAAAGCUUUGUUCACCUAGCUGUCCCCAAGCAUCCCGUGGGACCUGGGGGCUCUGCACACCCCUGGCUACGACCACCCUGGGUUUAGCUACUGGGGCCCUCAGCUUGGGCCACGUGAGGUGAGAAGCUGCUUUUGGACCCAACCUUGGUCUGGUGACUCAGGGCCAUAGAAUGAGGUGCAAGGGGUUUGUGAGGAGGGUGACAAGGAAUGUGAGGUGUCUCACCUGGUGUGUGUGCCUGGGGGGGUCUAGGGACCGCAUUCCCCUUACACAGAGCAUUCCCACAGGAAAGACUGGCCCCAAGGUCCGAUCGUGCAGUGGCUGUCCCGGAUAAAUCCCCUCUUAGGCAGGGAUGGAUGUGGCUGGGGGGGGGGGUGCAGGACCUG